AUGAGCAUUUUCACCUUUAGUCCUAGCCCAUCCCCAAACAUCGCAUUUGGACCUAUCGCCUUCCGCGUCCCCCACGCUUCUCCCCACCGUCUCUCACACACCUCCCCACGCACACGCCCACGCUUCCCCUCACCGUCGCCCACGCUUUCCCCCAUCGUCGCUCACGCUUCCCCUUACCACCGCUCACGCUUCCUCCUGCCUUCCCCCACGCUUCCCCACACCGUCGCUCCCGCCUUCCCCCACCUUCCCUCACGAUUCCCCUCUCAUCGCCCACGGUUCCUCCUACCGUCGCCCACGCUUCCUCCCACCGUCACCCACGCUUCCCCCCACCGUCGCCCAAGCUUCCCCCCACCGUCGCCCAAGCUUCCCCCCACCGUCGCCCACGCUUCUUCCCACCGUCGCCCACGCUUCCCCUCACCGUCGCCCACGCUUCCCCCCACCGUCACCCACGCUUCCCCCCACCGUCGCCCACGCUUCCCCCCACCGUCGCCCACGCUUCCCCCCACCGUCGCCCACGCUUCCCCCCACCGUCGCCCACGCUUCCCCCCACCGUCGCCCACGCUUCCCCCCACCGUUGCCCACCGCCACCGUCGCCCACCGCCACCGUCGCCCACCCCCACUGUCGCCCACGCUUGCCCUCCCAUCGCCCUCGGGUCGUCGUUGUAUCCCUUCCCCAUUGCCUCCCUCUCACCCACCCUGGGCGGGGAGGUAUGGCGGGCUGGGCUGGGAGCUGGGGAAGGGGUCGUGACUCGUUCGCUGUGGGGUGUGGAAGGGUGCGUGGUCAGCAGCACCCACCCUUCUCUCUCUUGCACUGACCUCCUCUCCUCUCUCGCACCAACCCCACACGCAUGGCAGGUGGUGGUGCGGCUUUGGAGCAGAGUGUUUGGCGCACAGCCAGGGCAGCGCGUGCAGGCGGGCAGCAAGGAGUGCAUCGUCCUCCUCUCCCUCUCCCUUCCUCCCUUCCUCCAUCAUCUCUGCCUCACUACCCUCUUUACCCUCUCUGUUGCCCGUCCUCCCUUCCUCCCUUCCUCCAUCUCUCUGCCUCACUACCCUCUUUACCCUCUCUGUUGCCCGUCCUCCCUUCCUCCCAUCCUUCUUUCCUGCCAUUCUUCCUCUCCUCAUCCUCCCUCGAUCCAGUCCCCCUUCCCCUUUCCAUCUCCCACUCUCCCACUCCCUUCCUCACGCCAACCCUGGUCCUCCGUUCCACCCUUCUACCUUCCCCCUUGUACUGAUGAAGGUGUGUCUCGGUACCCAGCCGCACUUUUUCCUCUCAUCCGCCCAUCAUCUCAUCCGCCCAUCAUCUCAUCCGCCCAUCAUCUCAUCCGCCCAUCAUCUCAUCCGCCCAUCCUCUCAUCCGCCCAUCAUCUCAUCCGCCCAUCACCUCAUCCGCCCAUCAUCUCAUCCGCCCAUCAUCUCAUCCGCCCAUCAUCUCCUCCGCCCAUCAUCUCAUCUGCCCAUCAUCUCAUCCGCCCAUCCUCUCAUUCGCCCAUCAUCUCAUCCGCCCAUCAUCUCAUCCGCCCAUCAUCUCAUCCGCCCAUCAUCUCAUCCGCCCAUCAUCUCAUCCGCCCAUCAUCUCAUCCGCCCAUCAUCUCAUCCGCCCAUCAUCUCAUCCGCCCAUCAUCUCAUCCGCCCAUCAUCUCAUCCGCCCAUCAUCUCAUCCGCCCAUCACCUCAUCCGCCCAUCGUCUCAUCCGCCCAUCGUCUCAUCCGCCCAUCAUCUCAUCCGCCCAUCCUCUCAUCCGCCCAUCAUCUCAUCCGCCCAUCAUCUCAUCCGCCCAUCAUCUCAUCCGCCCAUCAUCUCAUCCGCCCAUCAUCUCAUCCGCCCAUCAUCUCAUCCGCCCAUCAUCUCAUCCGCCCAUCAUCUCAUCCGCCCAUCAUCCAUCCGCCCAUCAUCUCAUCCGCCCAUCAUCCAUCCGCCCAUCACCUCAUCCACCCAUCACCUCAUCCGCCCAUCAUCCAUCCGCCCAUCACCUCAUCCGCCCAUCAUCUCAUCCGCCCAUCAUCUCAUCCGCCCAUCAUCUCAUCCGCCCAUCAUCUCAUCCGCCCAUCCUCUCAUCCGCCCAUCAUCUCAUCCGCCCAUCAUCUCAUCCGCCCAUCCUCUCAUCCGCCCAUCAUCUCAUCCGCCCAUCAUCUCAUCCGCCCAUCAUCUCAUCCGCCCAUCAUCUCAUCCGCCCAUCAUCUCAUCCGCCCAUCAUCCAUCCGCCCAUCAUCUCAUCCGCCCAUCACCUCAUCCGCCCAUCACCUCAUCCGCCCAUCAUCUCAUCCGCCCAUCAUCCAUCCGCCCAUCAUCUCAUCCGCCCAUCACCUCAUCCACCCAUCACCUCAUCCGCCCAUCAUCUCAUCCGCCCAUCAUCUCAUCCGCCCAUCAUCUCAUCCGCCCAUCAUCUCAUCCGCCCAUCCUCUCAUCCGCCCAUCAUCUCAUCCGCCCAUCAUCUCAUCCGCCCAUCAUCUCAUCCGCCCAUCAUCUCAUCCGCCCAUCAUCUCAUCCGCCCAUCAUCUCAUCCGCCCAUCAUCUCAUCCGCCCAUCAUCUCAUCCGCCCAUCAUCUCAUCCGCCCAUCAUCUCAUCCGCCCAUCAUCUCAUCCGCCCAUCCUCUCAUCCGCCCAUCCUCUCAUCCGCCCAUCACCUCAUCCGCCCAUCACCUCAUCCGCCCAUCGUCUCAUCCGCCCAUCAUCUCAUCCGCCCAUCAUCUCAUCCGCCCAUCGUCUCAUCCGCACAUCCUCUCAUCCGCCCAUCAUCUCAUCCGCCCAUCAUCUCAUCCGCCCAUCAUCUCAUCCGCCCAUCAUCUCAUCCGCCCAUCAUCUCAUCCGCCCAUCAUCUCAUCCGCCCAUCAUCUCAUCCGCCCAUCAUCUCAUCCGCCCAUCAUCUCAUCCGCCCAUCAUCUCAUCCGCCCAUCAUCUCAUCCGCCCAUCAUCUCAUCCGCCCAUCAUCUCAUCCGCCCAUCAUCUCAUCCGCCCAUCAUCUCAUCCGCCCAUCAUCUCAUCCGCCCAUCAUCUCAUCCGCCCAUCAUCUCAUCCGCCCAUCAUCUCAUCCGCCCAUCAUCUCAUCCGCCCAUCCUCUCAUCCGCCCAUCAUCUCACCGCCCAUCAUCUCAUCCGCCCAUCAUCUCAUCCGCCCAUCAUCUCAUCCGCCCAUCAUCCCAUCCGCCCAUCAUCCAUCCGCCCAUCAUCUCAUCCGCCCAUCACCUCAUCCACCCAUCAUCUCAUCCGCCCAUCAUCUCAUCCGCCCAUCAUCUCAUCCGCCCAUCAUCUCAUCCGCCCAUCCUCUCAUCCGCCCAUCCUCUCAUCCGCCCAUCAUCUCAUCCGCCCAUCAUCUCAUCCGCCCAUCAUCUCAUCCGCCCAUCAUCUCAUCCGCCCAUCAUCUCAUCCGCCCAUCACCUCAUCCGCCCAUCCUCUCAUCCGCCCAUCAUCUCAUCCGCCCAUCAUCUCAUCCGCCCAUCAUCUCAUCCGCCCAUCAUCUCAUCCGUCCACCCUCUCAUCCGCCCAUCAUCUCAUCCGCCCAUCACCUCAUCCGCCCAUCACCUCAUCCGCCCAUCAUCUCAUCCGCCCAUCAUCUCAUCCGCCCAUCAUCUCAUCCGUCCACCCUCUCAUCCGCCCAUCAUCUCAUCCGCCCAUCCUCUCACCGUCGCCCACGCUUCUGCCUUAG